AAAGUGAGGUUAUGAUUGUGUUGUGAAUUUGCAGUUUCAUACAAUUGCGGAGAAAUCGCAUUUUCUUUGGGAAAACCGGCAAAAUGGAAGUGGAUUUUGGUGAAAUUCUAGAGCCUGUGUCACGAGCAUUCUGGGAUGACUACGAUGAUCUGGCGGAUAAUGAGGAAUUCAAGCUGCCGGAAUGGAAUGCUGAGGAAAAGGAUGUUAUUUGUCCGGAAGAUGUGACAUCUUGUAUUGUCAUUGAGGGAUACAAAGUGGAGGAACUGAUGAAGCUGUUGCUUCUCAAGGAUGCGAAUCCCAUAGCGAGAUUGAAGUCCGGAAGUGUGUCGCUGUAUCAUUUGCAGCAUCUGGGAUGCCUGAUUUGCUUGUCUGAGGAGAAAAACCUCAACUACUACGGAUCAAUAACCGAACUGCUGAAGCCCUUCAUUGAGAAGACUCCUCAAGUCACGUGUAUCUCUAUUCAGCCGAUUUCCAUGCAUAGAGGCGAGAGAGGCUCCAAGGAAGACGAUCCCGACAGCGCAGCCUUUGUGCGGGGCAUCAAUUCGGUGUUCCCUGAGAUUCAGUCUCUCAAGGAGCCCAAUUUGAUCACUGGAGUGGCCGCAGGUGUGGCGUCAUGGAGGAAAUUCCAUGAUCUGCCAGCGCCUUGCUAUGUUCUCUACAUCGAGGCACUGAGAUUGGAUUCCCAGACAAUUGCGCCUCUCGUGAGGAUUCUUGAGAAAUUGGGACUGCAAUGCAAUGAGAACAGCAGCAUCAAUAUCAAGACAUCAGAGUCUAAUCUAUACAUGUAAGGCACAAUAAAUGGUAAGGAUUCAUAUCAAGUCCACUUUCCCCUUCACCAC